UUGUGGCAACUACUUCUGAUACUUGAACCACAAUAUAUCCUGUGCAUAUAUGACCCACAGUAUAUCCUGUGCAUGUAUGAGAACAACAGCAUCACGGUUGACUUUUCACAUGUACUAUAGUGCACUUGUACAACAGCUGACUUUUUCAUAGAUCUAAAUCAAACAGAUUGCAGAAUAUAAAAUGUCAAAUAUAUUAAAAAAGUUAAAGUUGGGGAGGAAGAAAAAAACAGACAAGAAUAAAGAUGAGCAGUACCGUCUGGUGAAAGACAUACCGACACAGCGCACAGAGACCACGGAUGGAGAACAGGAAAGCACAGUCGACUCUGCGAUGCCAUCUAGUUCAGGUGUUGAAGUGAGUGGCGAGACAGGGCUUCAUAUUCUCAGAACAAUUCUGAGUGAACAAGUAAACCCAGCUGCAAUGCCGAAUAUCAGCGUCUCUCAAGAAUGGCGUGAUAAGUACCUUCAGGAAAUAGAUCAGUUUGUGGAAAACCACUUUCCCACGCUGCCAGCAGAGGGACCACGAGGAUCUCAGUUAAAGCAGAUACAGGACUUUCUAAAGAGUGCACAGAGCAUGAUAUAUGAUGAGGUGCUUCGAUUAACACCUGCACUGAAAGAUGCUGGUCUGCUAGAUCAUCUGAAGGACAGUUACAGCCGUCACAUCUUUACCAACCUGGACCUGCUCCUAAACAGAGAUCUGUCUGUAAAAGAGAUCUUCUACCUUCUACUGUGGGCAAAAGAUUUGUUCUUCAGUUCAGAAUCAAAACUGACAGUGUACGAUCCUCUGCUGUUGACAGGAGGGUUUGAGAGAGCAAAGCACAAACUAUUACAAAAACUUCAGAAUGACCUCUCCACGAAUCUACAGGAAAUCCUGCGCUAUGAUGAGCAACAUGGACAUAAUGAGGACUCAAUGAAUGACGAAACCUUCAUCAGUGUACACAUAGAUGUCAUUAAGUGCCUGAAUAGUGCUAUUUUAGAAGCUGAAAUGUUUGGUCUGACUUUGAGGCACGCCGUACAAAUACUCUGCAAUGAAGAGCUGCAUGGUUUUGUUCAGAAGUAUGUGGACACUGAGAAUGAACGUCUAACAAAAGUAAAGUUUACAGAGAAAAACUCUGUGCAUCUGUUUCGGAUAUUCAACACCUGUAUGCAACUCAGAUGCUAUGCUGCACAAAUCACUCCAGAUAUUAACAACAGUGAUGUCUACUCAAGCACUGUAUGCAUGCUACAGAAACUGGAAGAUAAUGCUUCAUCCAUUGUACAAAAGGUCAUGAACUGCUUAGCACAGGCCAAUUUAGAAAUGUAUUUCAAGAAAAGGAAUAGGCAUACUGAUACCUUGAUGGAGGUAAUCCAGGGGCAGUGUGCAUCUCUGCCCGAGACCGCCUCAGAGAUCAAAACGGUCAUUGUGAAAAUAGCUUACGACAGUGUUUCCAAAGUGUACCUGGAAUGCCUGAUGAAGACAAAGUUCAGAAACCUGGAGGACUGUUGGGGAAAUGCAGAGGAAAAGAUAACAGAGGAUGUUCAAUAUUUUCAUGAAACAUUCUCUGAUCUGAAUGGCAUUGCUGCCCAGGAGAACCAGCUCCUUCAGAGAAUGACUGAAGUUGUACAUUGCAGUGAUGUAGAAGCACUGAAGAUUACCUGUUGUUAUUUGUUCAGAGAUUUCCCUCAGGAGAGUAAGCGGUAUGUACCUGGUCUGCUGCGCUGGAAGGGGGUGUUAUUAAAGCAACAGGUGAGGGAAGUGUUGGAUAUGAUCCGGGAACUUGGCCUGUUUCCAAAUGAUACACAUGUCUCCUGUCUCCGUGUCUCCUGAUCCACAUUUACCAGAACUAUUACUGGUGCUGAAGACAAAGGAUAGCUUAUAUUGUCAGACAGAUAUAUUUGCUCUAUGAUCAUUUUGCUUACAAAAUUAGUGGUAGUUCAGCUGGUAAAAAAAAAUAAAAAAAUAUGGAGAUGAAGAAUGUUCUCCAAACAUCAUGCUAUUUCUGCCUUGUAGCAUUCAGAUCUGAUGUUUAUUCUUUAACAAGGUCCUAAAUCUCUUCUUUCACACCCGUCUACACUGAAUGCAGGCAUCAAAGCUGCAGAGCUACUCCAGUGACUAUUUUCCCAUUCUGUCUGAAAUAAUAAAAUAGUUUUAAAAUGUGUCCAAACAUACAUGUAGCCUACUUAUGUUCACAUUGGUACUUUUCUUCCUGAUAUUAAGAUGUAUUUUUUGUGAGCCGGUCAAAGUCAAAAGACAGGUGGAAGUGGAAACGGUUAAUGCUGUAAGCGUUAAAUUUGAAAUAGUCAGAAAUUUAAAUAUUUUGAAGUUGAACUGUUUAUUGAAACUUUGUAUACUUACAUAAAAUGCAUAUACAUCAGUUGUCACUAUCUCCCACUAAUAUUCUUAAUAAGAUGGUAUUUAAAUGUUUAGUUUAUGAUCAAAGCU